UUAUAAAUAAGUCAACAAUCGAACAAGAUUAAUUAAAAUUCAACAUUAUUAUCCUAGAGUGAUCAUCUAUAUCUCUCGAAAUUUUUAAAGAUGGGUAAAAUAGCGAUAAUUUUCUCAUCUUUACCAUUUCUAUUAUGUUCGAUAUUAAUGGUAGCACAAGCUGAGGAUCCAUACUUGUACUUCGAUUGGAAGGUUACGUAUGGUACACUUUCUCCCCUAGGCGUUCCUCAACAAGUUAUUCUUAUUAAUGGCCAAUUUCCAGGACCGAACUUGAAUACCACCACCAACAACAACAUCGUUGUCAAUGUUUUUAAUCAACUCGACGAGCCAUUAUUAUUUACAUGGGCUGGGAUCCAACAAAGAAAGAACUCAUGGCAAGACGGUACACCAGGUACAAUGUGCCCUAUCCAACCGGGCACAAACUACACGUAUCGAUUCCAAGUGAAAGAUCAAAUUGGUUCCUACUACUACUACCCAACCACCGGCUUCCUAAAGGCAGCCGGUGGGUAUGGUGGGCUAAGAGUAAACAGCCGUCUUCUCAUCCCAGUUCCUUAUGCUGAUCCCGAGGAUGACUACACAGUACUAAUUGGCGAUUGGUACAAACAAAGCCACAAAGCUCUUAGAAAGACCUUGGAUCAAGGUAAGUCUAUUGGCAGGCCAGACGGUGUCCUUAUAAAUGGGAAGCAAGGCAAGGUGGGUGACGAAAAAGAGGAGCCUCUCUUCACAAUGAAGCCAGGAAAAACAUACAAAUAUAGGAUUUGCAAUGUAGGGUUGAAGAAUUCCCUUAACUUUAGAAUUCAAGGUCACAAAAUGAAGCUUGUUGAAUUAGAGGGAUCACACACGGUUCAAAACGAGUAUGACUCUCUCGAUGUUCAUCUAGGCCAAUGUUUCGGUGUUCUUGUCACUGCUAACCAAGACCCCAAGGACUACUACAUGGUUGCAUCCGUCAGGUUUACUAAGUACCACCUCCAAGCCACGGGAAAAAUCCGAUACACCAACGGUAAAGGUCCGGUUUCCAACGCCCUACCAGAGGCACCCACCGGCUGGGCUUGGUCCUUGAACCAAUUCCGGUCCUUCAGGUGGAACCUAACUGCGAGUGCAGCUAGGCCCAACCCUCAAGGAUCAUUCCAUUAUGGUCAAAUCAACAUCACUCGUACGGUUAAGCUCGCAACCACGGCCAACACUAUCGAUGGCAAACUUCGAUAUGCUGUCAACGGUGUCUCCCACAUUGAUACCGUGACACCCUUGAAGCUGGCGGAGUACUACGAAGCCGCUGAUAAGGUGUUUAAGUAUGAUAAUAUUGGCGACGAUCCACCAGCAAAUGUUGACCAACUUGACAAGAUUACCCUUGCACCAAUUGUGCUCAACUUCAAACAUAGGGACUUUAUCGAGGUCAUCUUUGAGAAUCAUGAGAAGAGUGUUCAGACCUUUCACUUGGCUGGAUAUUCCUUUUUCCCUGUCGCGAUUGAAGUAGGAACAUGGACUCCAGAGAAAAGAAAGAACUACAACUUAUUGGAUGCAGUAAGCAAGUACAACAUACAAGUAUACCCAAAAUCAUGGGCAGCAAUAUUGUUGACAUUCGACAACGUAGGGAUGUGGAACGUAAGGAACGAGUGUAUGGAGAGGGCAUACUUAGGGCAACAACUCUACAUUAGUGUUCCUACACCCGAACGUGUACUCAGGGAUGAAUACAACAUCCCUGAUAAUGCUGUUCUUUGUGGCAUUGUCAAAAAUAUGCCUAAGCCUAAACCCUACACGCCAUAAACCUCUACUUAAUUCGUUUUAAUCUCAUUCGUCAAUCUUUAGUAGAAAUUGUUUUUCCUGUUACAGUAACACCAACUAACGUACAUGUUGACUAUACAUACCCUCUUUCACAUCGCUGUCUAAUUUUGGAGGCGAAGGUUUAAGUGACACUAAAUCAUUAUCGAACAACGUUAUUGUGAGGAUAAAAAAAUUUCUAAAUCUUUUGUAUCGAUUUUAAUUUUUUCUAAUUCGAAGAUAGUAAUAUAGUUAGAUCGAUUAACAUGGGAGGUGCAAUGGUACAAAUACGUCCGGAAAAGGUUGUUAGAAGGGUUUAAAGAAGAAGAUAUAAUGAAGAAUAGGUGAGGGUAGAGGCAGCAUAAUCAUCAUCUUGUAUUUCAUGUGUUGAUAAUGCAUUUAUUUGUAUCAUUCCUUCCCAAAAAAAUGCAUGUACUCCGUAAUUAAAAGUAGAUAUUUACUUUGCAUAUCUUUCAUUCUUUCUCUUGAUUAUCAUCAAUACUGUGCAACUUACUUUUGUAACUAUCCUUUUGUAACUAAGAGAUGUAUAAUAAUUUCGAUCUUUAGCUCGAUUAUUUGAGACUCCUCAUUCAAGU